AUGAAUACUAUUGCAGCAAGCAAUGGCUAUCAUACGUCUUGUUCCAUAACAAAUGGACUCAGUGACAAAUCGACUUCGGCUAAACCAAAAAGAAAAAAAUUAAAAUCACGGACAACUCAGUCACUCGAUCGUGAAACUAAUGAACAAAAAAAGUUCCAAAAAACAAAUUACAUACCAUCUUUGGCCGAUAAAAUAACCGAUUCAAUCAGAAAUAGCGAUCAAAACAAGGGUCAAUCAUCUGCCACAGAUAGUUUACCUGUUCUAUUUAUAAAAACAACUCCACCAUUAAUAAUGAAAAAACCUCAACAAACAACUGGCACAUCAUCGAAACGUGACAAUAAAAAAACUGAGAUUAAUCAUUCAUCAUCUCGUCCAUUAUCAGAUACUGUAUCAACAGGCCGUGCUCAGUCAUCUUCAAUUAUUCAUACAAAUCAUUCAAUUUAUCAGAAUCAUCUUCAUCAUAAACUAAGCCCAUCUCCACCAGUACGAACACCAACUCAACAACAACAAAUCGAACAGCAUAUUCCUUCGCUAAAAAAGCCUCAUAUAAACAAUGAAUAUUGUGAUUCAUGUGGCGACUGUUACGGUGAAUUAAUCUCGUGUGAUACAUGUCCAGCAACAUUUCAUUUAUUGUGUGCUAAUCCACCACUAUCACGAGAAGAUGUGCCAUCUGGUUCAUAUUAUUGUGAAAAUUGUAUUCUAAAUAAACGAAAUAAUCCCUCGUCAUCUACAGUUUUAAUCAAUAAUAAUAGUAACGAUACAAAUCAUCAGCAAAAAACAGCAUUCGCAUUUGAUCCUAAAAAAGCCACAGCAAAAUUAAACGGCGGUUAUAAACUCGAUUUAUUUGAUAUUAAAAAGCCAUCGUCAUCAAAUAAUAACACAAGCAAUGUUAAUCAUAUCAAAUCUUCUAAAUCGACAGCUAACGAGUCUCCACAAUCGCCUAAAUUGAAACCGUCAACUUUAUCAAAUCAACGUCCACAUAAACAAAAUUCAGUGUCAAACCAUGCUAUAUCCCACACUAUUCAAUCUUUUGAAUCUCACGAGUUUAAAAAACGUUCAAAGAAGAAGUCAAUAACAAAUACAAGUAAACGAAAACGAAUAGAUGAUGAUGGCGUGUUGAUUGAAUCGACAGCUCCUUUAUCAGCAGCAACAGUAUCAGUAUCAAAUUCUUAUUCGUCACCGCCUAUUUCUCCCUCAAAAUUAAAUUCUUCUGUUGAAGUAUUAAAACGUUUAUUAUUAGCGGCUAAACCGGAGGAAUUCAAAGGUCCCGCAAUUCCUUAUGAUGUAAAUAUAACAAAUAAUCUUCAUCCAUCAUCGUAUCUAUCAAUUAAUUCUGUUUUAUCAACAAUGACGAACCAGUCAUCGUUAACAAAUUGUGUUAAUGUGAAUGAUGCAAAUGAUACAGAGAAUACAUCGACUCAUAUUUGGCAAAAAUAUUGUUUUCUAUGUCGUCAUAUAAAAUCACCUUCGAAUAUUCAUUGUCCACUUGUUCAUUGUGAUUAUUGUCCAUUAACAUACCAUUUAGAUUGUUUAAAUCCACCGUUAACAUCGUUACCAAAACAAAAAUGGAUGUGUCCAAAUCAUAUUGAACCAAUAUUAGAUAAAAAACUACUCAAACAUUAUGGACAAUUGACAUGUUUAAGUGAAAAAAUAAAAUUAUAUAAAAAAUUUUCAAAUGUACAACCAAAUUUAAUUAUACAAGAAUUUUCUCAACUGAGAAAAAAUAAAAAAUAUUUGACAUUGUUAAAUAAGAAUAAAACACAUCUGGAUCAAAUUCAAAUUAGUCAAAUACCAAAAUCAAUUAAAAAUUAUUAUAAAAAAAUAUUUGAUGAGAUUAAUAAACAACAGAAGAAAAAAUUUAAAAUGAAUGAUUAUGAUGAUGAUACCGAUGAUGAUUUAGAUGAUAACGAACAAAUAGACAUGAUCGAAUAUGAACAAAACAAUGAGAGAUGUCAAAAUGAACACAAUAAAACUUCCACAACUGAUCCAUAUGAUGUUGAAGUUUGGAAUACAAUCCAAUUAAUUAUAGAUCAUGUCACUGAAUUAAAACUUUACCGACCAUUAAUAGUUGAAACAAAUACAAAUAAAAUGAAUGAUACAGAAAAACAGCUUCAAAAACAACAUGAAUCAACAAAUACUUUGAAUAUAAUAGAUAGAUAUCUGGAUACAUUGAAUGAACCAAAUUAUUUUCAUUAUCGUCCAAUUCCAGAACCUAUCCAUAUAGAAAACAAUGGUUUAGCUGCACUUGUUGCUGCUGCCUCUUCGCUCUAUGAAGAACAACAACAACUAAAUCAACCACCACCACCAACAGCAACGACAACAGCAAAAUCUCUCAAUUCUCAACCGAAAACAUCAACCACCAGUGAUAAAUUAUUGUUAUCAAAUACCAUUUCGAAACCACAGCAAUCGUCUUCGAAAACAAUUCUGCAACCUCAAACUAAAACAUUUCAAUUAUCCCAACAUGCUUUCUAUAGACAAUAUUCAAAAUCUUCAAAUCAUUUAUCCGCAACAACUGCACAGUCUGAUACAAUUUCGUCAUUAUUACGUAUUCCACCACAUCAAACAACGUCUAGUUCUUCAUAUCAACCAGUCAAAUCAAUUUUGAAUAACGAUCAACAAUUCGAUAAUUCUCUUAAAGUAUCACAAUCUAAUACGACACUCUCAUCGCAUACGCUGUUGCCAUCAUGUAUUACACCAGCACCCUUUAUACAUAGCGAUCAUGUUUAUAAUAAAAGGACAAUAGAACCACAGACAUCAUCUAAUACUACCGAAAUUAAUCAGAAACAUGAAGAACAAUCACAACAACAGUCGGUUAUUCAACGUUAUGAAUCUAUAUUAGAUUUAGAACAUUUUCGUUUAUCCUGUACGGCUUUGAUUCAUACACGUACACAGCAAGUACUUUAUCUAAAUAAGCGAAAUAUUUGGUUUGGCUUAUCAGUAUCAAAUGAUAUAUGUCUAACCAACUUUAACGGUUCAUUAACUUGUCAGUAUGUUAGUGAUAAACAUGCUUGUCUUUAUUACGAUGAAAAAAUAAAUGUAUUUGAACUAUUAAACUAUAGUGAAUAUGGAACAAUUGUCAAUGGAUUUAGAUAUGGUUUAGGAGAUUUGUCCAGUGAAGAUGAAGAUGAAGAUGAAAUAGAUAGGAGCAACGAAACAGAUAAUAGCAGGACUAUUGAUUCAUUAUCAAUUCCGUUACAACGAUGUUAUUGUUCAUCAUUACCAAAAUAUCAUUCAGCAUGGGAUGGUGCGGCACGCAUUGAUGCUGGAACAGUAAUACAAAUUGGUUGUCACGAAUUUUUAUUUUAUCGUUAUGUUGUACGAUAA